AAAUAACUAUCUACCAUCAUUACACUAACAUAUUUUUAUUUAUUUGAUUUAUCGGCCUACUUACUCCCGGACGACUGUGAUUAUAUUAAAAACUUUUAAAUAAAUAAAAAAUUUAGUUUUAAACAAAAUAUUACGUCUUUGUUACAAUGGCAAACAAUAACUGUUUUUCAGAUUCAGAUAGUGAAUACGAAUUGUGUCCACGUAGAUCCAACUCCUGUGGGUUGCCCUUUGAUCCUACGUCGUUGGAGAAUGUAAUAUUAACGAUUUGUGAUAAAUUUGACUUUCGUAUAGUGUUGAACGAUAACAGGGCGAAGGGUGCGUUAAUUGUGACAACAGGAUUGGCGGUAGCUGGUACACUUAUUGGUCGCCACUAUGGUGGUAAAGUGGGAGCCGUUGUAGGUGGCGCUGUUGGGGGAGCCUGCGGUAUUGGUGUCAUUGUUGUAUCCAUGAGAGAAAUAUGGAAUGACAUCAAGUCUAAACUUUCUGAACUUUUCGAUAUUGUUUAUGAUUAUUUAGCUGGAUUGGGACUAGAGGACUAUAAGAAAGCAGCACUGUUUCUCACUCAAUAUGGUGAUAUAACACAGUUGGCAAUGGUUAUACUGCAAACAACGUCCAAUGUCCUGGGAAAGAAAAUCCUGUCUAGCUUGACCGCUGCUUAAUAUAUAUAUAUAUAAAUUAAUAAUUACAGGGCUAGUUCCCCACAUCGUUAAAAUAAAUAUGAAAUUAUAAAUUGAUUAUUUGGAAAUUAACAUGUUAAUUGACAAGGUAAUAAAGUAUUUAAGUGUAAUAUUGAAAUCAGACUUUACUAAUUUUGACAUAUGUUCCAGACAGAUUAUGACUAAAAUAUUAAUUUUACUGUUUACAUGACUAUUUGAUAACAUUCCUCGGAUUUAAGUUAUUUACAACUACUAUAAAUUAGACAUUUCUUAAUCAACUUUAUAUAGCAGUUUUUUUUUAUUGCUUUUUAUGAUUAUUGCUUAUUAUUGUAUGAAGUUAUGUAUUUUAUUAUUAUUAC